UAUAAUCAUCUAUGUAUGGAAAAGUCCCAGAAAAUUAAUCCUUUUAUAUUGCAUAUACUCCAAGGAGUGGAUAAAGAAAUUGAAAGGAGGUUGGAAGGAAUCACAUUAAAAAUUGCUGGUAACAAUCACUCAGUACCAGUGGAAAGAGUAACAAGUGAAGAUUUUUGGAUUCUUACCAGAAUUUUAGAGAAGAAUCCUUAUAUUAAUGGCUUGGAUGUUAGAUAUAACCUCAUAAAUGAUGCUGGCGCACACUAUGCUGCAAAACUGCUCCAGAAAAAGUAUGAUCUCAUUUACUUAAACCUUAUGUUUAAUGACAUUGGGCCCAAAGGUGGAGAACUGAUUGCUAAAGCACUACAUAAGAAUACAACUCUGAAAUACCUAAGAAUGACUGGAAACAAGGUUGAAGAUAAAGGUGGAAUGUUUUUUGCUGCAAUGUUACAAAUUAAUUCAUCCUUAGAGAAGUUAGAUCUGGGUGACUGUGAUCUGGAAAUGCAAAGUGUGAUAGCAUUCGCUACAGUUCUGACUCAAAACCAAACAAUUAAAGGAAUAAACCUAAACCGACCUAUACUAUAUGGUGAACAGGAAGAGUCCACAGUUCACCUAGGCCACAUGUUAAAAGAAAAUCACUGCCUUGUUGAAUUAUACAUGAGUAAGCAUGAUGUAAGAAACUAUGGUUUAAAACAGCUGUGUGAUGCACUGUAUCUGAACAAAAGCCUGCGCUACCUUGAUGUCAGCUGCAAUAAAAUAACUCGUGACGGAAUUGUGUUUUUGGCUGCUGUACUGAAAAGCAAUACUACCCUGGAAGUAAUAGAUCUUUCUUUUAACAGAAUAGAAAAUGCAGGAGCAAAGAAACUCAGUGAAACACUUGCUUCACACAACAGGAGUCUUAAAGCAUUGUCAGUAGUCAGCAACAGCAUAGAGGGAGAAGGACUUGUUGCACUUUCACAGUCAAUGAAAACAAAUCCCACGCUCUCUAAUAUCUACAUUUGGGGAAACAAAUUUGAUGAGGCUACAUGUAUGGCAUAUUCAGACUUAAUUCAAACGGGCCGUCUAAAGCCAGACGAUACGGAUGUGGAGCCCUAUGUGGUAGACGGACAUGUGUAUCUUGCAGAAGUCUCCAAUGGCCUUAAAAAGCACUAUUACUGGACACCAACUUACGGAGAAGCUUGCAACCUCUCAUCUAAUGCAGGUUUUAGUCUUGUACCAGUAUGUAAACAGCUGUGAA